AGAGAAUUUGGUUUCUCUGCUUUCACCUUGUUUCUAUUCUGUAGAGUUUCCAUUAAAAACUUUAAGAAGGAAGUCUUUAACAGAAGUAGGAGCGUUCUGUAAGUGGUGUGAGGUGUUGAUGAAUGUUUCUACAACAAUGGCAAACUUGAAGGAGGAGGAAGAGUUCUUUGAUGCAGCAGGUGCCUUUACUGAACCUGACUGUAAUCCAGAGGGAGGCUCCACUGUGUCACUGCAGUCUAACAAUGUUUCUCCACCUGUAGCUAUUCACUGGGUUGGGACCAACAUAGUUUCUUUUGGUUUAGCACCAAUUGUUUCCCCAGUUAGGUAUAAAUUUCUAAUAAAUUACACCAGUGACACACAUUCUGGGAGCAUGGAGACUAGAGACUGCAGCACUGUUGAAAUUGUGGGACUCAAACCUGGGACAGAGUACAGCUUUAGCAUCACAAGGAUUGCAGAAACAGAGGAAAUAGCUACUCUGUCUGUAGUUACAGACCCUGUUCCUCCCAUGGCAAUACAAGUCUCAGAGGUCAGCAAUGAGUCGCUUUCUCUCCAGUGGGACAAACCCUCUGGAGAAGUGGAGUCUUUCAUUGUUACCUGCUGCAGUGAUGGUGAACGUGUGCAAGAGUUAAAAACAGAGACAAACAGUGUGACGUUCAACAGCCUGAGGCCUGGGGUUAGUUACUCCCUCCAUGUUUCAACACAACUAAGGAAUGGAACAAUCAGCAAGCCAGCUGUAACAUCGGCCAAAACAAUGACUGAUCUGGAGUUCCAGUUAGAGGAUCUUGGGUUGAAGAAAUAUAAAAGAGAGAAAAUAUCAUUGAGCAAGAUUCUUGAAAUCGAUGAGAAGACCAUUACGGAUCAACCUGUAAAGUGUAAAUCUGAAAUUCCUUGGUAUUUUCUAAAAAAACAGAUGAUGGUUAAUGUAACUGCAAGAAAUGUGAAAUUCACUUCUGGAUGUGACUUAGUCUGCAAGGAUGCAGUAGGAACAGCAAAAUUAGAUCUGAGAAAUUUGCUUAACAUUCCAGACACGGAUGAUACAUUAAACCCUCUUGAUUUAAUCACUGCUCUCUUUCUGUGUUCUGAUGGGUUUGUUCAGCAAGAGUUAGCUCUCAAACUGUCCAUGUGUCAGUUCUCUGUUCCUCUGCUGCUUCCUAACUGUGAUACACAGCAGUGCACCCUCAUGCUGUGGGCCAUGAGAGACAUUGUAAAAAGGUACAGACCUCCAGCUCUUUCAGAAUCAAAAGGCUUCAUAGAAGAAAGAAUUGUAAAUUCUGAACUUCCAAUGAUCUCAUUUGUGAGACUGGGUGAGUGCUCUCUGUCCAAAUCAGAGAUCCUCAAUAAACUUCUGAGUAACUCUCAGCAAUACCAUGACACCUUUGUUCACCGUGACAUGGAGUGUGGAGACAGUCCAAGAAGAAUAUCCAAUGGACUGACUGAAAUGACCUGGUACCUUCCCUGUGGAAACAAAAACAUUGACAUUUUCAGUGAACCAGUUGCUAUAGCUAACCUUCGUGGAGACAUUGCUUCAUUUGAAACCCAAUUCUCCUUUUUGUGUCAGACAUCUGCAGCAGUUUUUGUGUUUUUUGAGAGUGAACAUUCUGGGUUAGAAUUUCUAACCCAGCAAAACUGCAAAGCUCAGAUCUUCCUGGUUGGCAAUGUUCGAAGUAAAACCUUCAGUCUGGAUGCUUUAGAAGAAGUUGCAACGAAGUUGUGCUUGACUAAUAACAACAUUAUUCUAAAAACCAAGAGCAUGAAUGAUGCAGAUUUUGUCAAAUGUUUGAGAAAAACGGUCAAUGAUGUUGUUCAUAGCCAGCAUAUAAAGAUUUCAGUUGAGAACAUGGUAAGUGUUGCCCAUGAACUGGGAGUCUUAGUAGAAGAAGAUGCUCCCGACUGCCAGGCUGGGAAAAUAAAUGCAGAUGCCAUCACUGCAGAGAUUGAAAACAUUCCUCAGUACAAAGAAGAACAUCUACCCCUACAAGGACAAAUAUGGAGGGAACUUACUUGUUUAGAAAAGGAAGAAUUUCGCCUCCAAAAGGUGGGUUCACAAAACAUCGAACAUUAUAGGAGUAAUCUUCAUGAGCAAAAAACAGAGCUACGUAAAAGGCAAAACUCCUAUGCAAUGUCACCGGCAAUGAGAUGCUUCAUCAAUGCUAUCUCCACCAAAGGUAUGGAGAGGUGCUAUUUUCUUAAAUGGAUGCAAAUGAACCUUGACAACCUGUCUCGGAUAAAACUGUCUGGUCUCAGGGAGCUUUACAAAGAAAAAAGCAAAGAUUCUGAGAACAAAGAAGAGAUCAAAGAAAUCGACCGACAACUUUCCAGCAGCUCACUGGGAGUUGAGCACUUCUUUCGUGAAAUGGGUCAGAUCUACGAAGCUUCUCUUUACCUUCCAGAAACAGAUCCAUCACGUCAACAGCUGCAACAUCUGCCCAAACUCUGUGCUCAGUUGUUGCUGGAUGGAUUUCCUCUUGAGCUUGUAGAUGGAGAUGCUUCCAACAUUCCUCUCAGAUGGGUGAGUGAUGUUCUCUCUCAGCUCAAUGACUUGGUGUCUCCAAAGAACAAGAUCCUGGUCGUCACAGUUCUUGGAGUUCAGAGCACAGGGAAGUCCACUCUCCUUAACACCAUGUUUGGAGUUCAGUUUGCAGUCAGCAGUGGUCGAUGCACUAGAGGUGCCUUCAUGCUGCUCAUCAAAGUCAAUGAAGACUUCAAGAAAGUUCUCAACUGUGACUUCAUGAUGAUCAUCGACACUGAAGGCUUAAAGUCACCAGAGCUAGCACAGCUGGACAACAGCCAUGAGCAUGACAAUGAGCUGGCAACACUUGUUGUUGGUCUGAGUGACAUCACCAUUAUCAAUAUUGCAAUGGAGAAUUCAACAGAGAUGAAAGACAUCCUGCAGAUAGUGGUGCAUGCUUUCCUCAGGAUGAAGGAGGUCGGCAAAAAGCCUCAAUGUCAGUUUGUUCACCAGAACGUUUCUGAUGUUUCAGCUCAUGAGAAGAACCUGAGAGACAGGAAGCUGCUGUUAGAACAGCUGAAUGAGAUGACCCAGGCUGCAGCUAAAAUGGAGAAGAAAGAGGAAUACAAGAGCUUCACUGAUGUGAUGGAGUAUAAUCCAGACACUGGGAACUGCUACAUUCCUGGACUCUGGAAUGGAAACCCACCAAUGGCUCCAGUCAAUGCAGGAUACAGUGAGACUGUCUAUGAACUCAAGAAAAACAUCAUCCAACAGCUGGGAAAGUGUGAGUCAACUUCUAAUAACAUCUUGGAGUUCACAGAGUGGAUAACCAGCCUGUGGAACGCAGUAAAACAUGAAAACUUCAUCUUCAGCUUCAGAAACAGCCUGGUGGCUGAUGCUUACAUGAGGCUCUGCACAGAGUACAACCAAUGGGAGUGGGAGUUCAAAAAGGAAAUGUACAAAUGGGUUACCACAGCAGAGACAAGAAUUUCCAAUUUUGGUACCGCUGCUGCAAAAUCUGAAAUAUCUGACAUGAAUGAAUUCAUCAUUGUGUUGAAAAGUGAAGCAACCACAGAGCUGACCAAGUGGGAGACAAAGCUGCUCGAAAACUUGAAAAAUUACUUUGAGCAGUCAGAGGGUCAUGUUUAUCUGGUUGAAGGAUACAGAGAAGAUUUUGCAAACAGUACGAAGAGCCUUCGACGAGAAAUAGAAAACUCUGUUGUUAAUCAGGUGAUAGCAGCAGUUGACAUAAGACGAGGAAUGGCAGAACUCGAUAAAAUCAAGGAGAACCAUACAAAAAAAUUAGAAAAUCAGGUGCAUCAGCUCAUUGAAAAAUGUCGCAGGAAGUCCAUUCAAAUGACUGAAGAAGAACUGGAUGAUGAAUUUGCCAAGAUUUGGAGUGAGACUGAAAAUGAAUUAUCUUUUUCAAAAUUAAGUGUCAAGGACAUCAGCAGCAGUGUCCUCCACCAUCUGGCAGCCAAUCUCUCAAUGAAAGGAGGUUAUGCAAGGGAAUUACUAAAUGCAAAAAAAUUGCAAGAUUGUGGAAGAGAGCCAUUCAAAUACAAUCCUGAAGCCUUUAUGGACAGAGCAAGACACAAAGUGAAGAAGUUUCUUUUCCGUAAGGAUUACUUGUUGGAAAUUCAGAAAUUGGCAGACAACAUCAUAGAUGCUUGCACUCAGUUUGUAACUGAGAAAAUUGAAAAAAAAACUAAUUACCAUGACACUUACACUGAGGAGAUUCUUCAUAUCAUUGAUGAAAUGCUCAAAAUGAAAACGGUGAACACAAAUGUUGACUUUGAAGUUUCUCUUAAACAGCACAUCUGUGGAUUUGCAGCAAGAGAGUUUCAGACAAUGCAUGAGCAUUUUCUACAUGAGAAUGAUCCUGCGACAUGUUUUGAUCAAAACAAGGAAAAGUUUUGUGCUGAUUUCAAAGAUGUUUUCCAGAAAAAAGACCAAUGUGAGAAAAAGGCUCAAGAAUUCACCGACAAAUGUUUGAAACCAGCAGUUGAAGAUUAUGUCAACCGUUCCCUGGGACCAGACAUCAUUGAUGAAAUGUUAACAAACCAAAAGUUCAGCACAAGAAUAUUCUUCCAGUAUUCCAUUUUAUUGGAUUUGCUAUUAAAGGAUAAAUUUGAGCGCUAUUUGAGAUUCAUUCUCUCAUAUGAAAAAUAUGUAAAAGAUUGGAUCCUCAAUGAAAUGUUGGAACAUUUCUCAAAUGAAGCUACAACAAAUGCAUUUGAGGAGCAGCAUAUAAAAUCAAGCAUCAUCUGGAUAACUGACGCAGUCGACAAGGCAAAACAGAAAGACUGUGUCAACUUGAGGAAAUUUGUUGAGGAUAUCUGCAAAGAACUGGGAGAUAAACUAAUCAUUCCCCAGGAUGCUCUUGGUGCCUUUAUGAUCCUAAACAAUGCUGACUGGGAGCAGUUUGCUCUGUCACUCAAAGAAUCUGUUACUGAGAUGGGACACAGUCUUACAAAAAUAUUUAAGAAAAAACAAUUCUUUGAAAAACUGCAAAGUCUCCAUUUAAAGCCACAGAAUGAGCUUUUCACCAAACUAAUUGGCUGUGGCAGACAGUGUCCAUUUUGUAAAUCUCCCUGUGAGGCAGGAGGAAAGGAACACACUGAACAUUGGGCUUCACUGCAUCGGCCAACAGGUUUGGGUAGCUACAGGUUUGUUUCCUCAAGUAAACUUGUAACCAAUAUCUGCUCUUCUCUUGUAAUCACUGACAGGAAUUUCCGUUGUCAUGAGACUAAUUAUACAUCUCACCCUUAUAAGCUUUAUAAAAAAAUAUUCCGAGCCUGGAAAAUUGUACCAGAUGUCAGUCUUGAGGCUUCAAACUACUGGAAAUAUGUAAUGACAAAGUACAAUGAUGACUUUGCUAAAGCAUAUAAAGCCAAAUCUGCUAAAAUUCCUGAGGCAUGGAAAAAUGUCACCUAUAAACAAGCAGCAGAAAGUCUCAAAGAGUCAUUUAGCAUCAAGUGAGAUAACAGAAUCCAUGUUGACAGAUUUACACAUGUUGUUAAUAAAUAUUUAAAUAUAAACUCAGCUGAAUUGUUGUGUUUAACUAAAUUUAGAGUCAUUGGUCUUCCUCACUAAAAUGCAGUUUUACCAGUAUCAAGUAGGUAGAAGUCACUUUUAGUCAUGACUUUUUAAUUUUGUCUUGUUACCUAAUUUUAAAAAUCUCAAACCAAUCAUGACCUGGUCUUAUCUGAUGGUGCAUAUUUUUCUUAUUUACUUUAAUGUGUGUUUUUUUUCUUUUGCAAAUAUACUAAUGUGAUUUAAUUGCUAAAUCUUCCUGGAUAUUUUUAAAGUUAUGGAAAUAAACCAGGUUGUUCAAAAUGAGCUGAAGACAUGUCUCUGGAGAGACAGCUAAGGUGAUUUUAUUUUGUGAUGUAUGGAGAAAAUAUAUCAUUUCAUUUCUAAAAUAUCUAAGUCGUUGACAAUUUUAUGUGCUAUAACAUAUAUUAUCUGCUUUGUAUUCAUUCUUUAUGUUGUAAUGGUAUAUCAUGCUUAUUGAUUAGAAUUUAGAUAGAUGAACAUGUUAUUUACUCUGCCACUUUGAAGUGUUUGUUUCUCUGCACUAGUGACGUAUAUUUUCCUUGUGCCAAGAUAAAAUGGGAGAGUUAUAAAAAGACAAUGUUAAAUAGUUAUCUGUUGAGUAAUUAAAAUAUGUGACUCCCUUGAACAACUUUGUUUUGUAUUUUAUAUAAAGGCAUUAGCAAUUAUGGAUAUGUAACAUUAUAUAUUAGUUGCAUUGUUCUGUUAAAAGACUAAAUAAACAGAA